UUAGUCAUUACAAUCCAAAUCUCAAUCCAAACGAAGCGUUUGCAUUUGCCGCUUGAACGCAAACUUUUUUUGCCGGGGCUGCCACUAGCUGCCACGACGUUCCUCGCUUUGUAGUAGGUAACUGCCGAGCUCAACGAUGAGUCGACGCCAAACGCCCAGCGAAUUUUUGAAGCAAAUUAUUGGACGUCCUGUUGUCGUCAAGUUAAACUCAGGUUUGGACUACCGAGGUGUUCUCGCGUGUCUUGACGGCUACAUGAACAUUGCUCUUGAGCAGACCGAAGAGUAUGUAAAUGGUCAGCUGAAAAACAAGUACGGCGACGCUUUCAUUCGAGGAAAUAACGUUCUGUACAUCAGCACACAGAAAAGGAGGAUAUAAAGAUGACGAGCAUGGUUCAAGAAGACUGCAUUUUCUGAUAUAUGCCAUUUGCUGCACGAUGUGCAAAUAUUCAUACAUGACAAAAGGUUUUUUUUCUGAGCUGGUCGAUGCAUGAUUAUUGGAGCUUACAAAGCCUAUGAUAAGACGAUACAGAAAGGAGGCAAAAUUUCAUCUGCAACUUGGCAGUGCGCUGUUAUCAUAGGCUAUAACUGCAGUAAUUCAUACGGCUAAAAGUCAUAGCCUGCCAUCUCAUGAGGACCGUUUGCCAGUAUGCUUUUUUUUUUUUUUUUUCCACUGCAAGUUAAUUCUUCACAUUUCUGGCAGAACAGCCCCCGUUUUAACAUGACCAUUGCUGGCCCUUUUGUUGUUAUGAAGGCGUUGCUGUUGAACAGCUCUCAAAUUAAAAUUUGGCAUGACCACUAUGUUCUGAGAUGCAAGUAAAGCAGUUUGUCACA